CUCUCUCGUCGCAUCUCUUAAUAAAACCCUAAAAAGCUUCUUCACUCUUCUUUGCAAGUAAAAUCAUGGCGAAUCCACCAAUGAUUAGGUCAUUCCUUCAAGUUGCGGCUACAGAAGAAGUUGCUCAACCUCUCAGGGUUGUUCAGAUGGAAGGACUGGCUGUACUGAAGAUAAUCAAGCAUUGCAAGGAGAAUGCUCCAGCUCUAGUUACAGGGCAACUUCUUGGUUUAGAUGUUGGCAGCGUUCUUGAAGUUACCAACUGUUUUCCUUUCCCAGUUAGGGAGGAAGACGAGGAGAUUGAAGCAGAUGGAGCUAAUUAUCAGCUUGAAAUGAUGAGAUGCCUGAGAGAGGUUAAUGUCGACAACAACACUGUUGGGUGGUAUCAAUCAACUUUGUAUGGAUCAUUUCAGACUGUGGAACUGAUCGAGACCUUCAUGAAUUAUCAGGAGAACAUAAAACGGUGUGUUUGCAUCAUAUAUGAUCCAGCAAGGUCUAAUCAAGGUGUUCUAGCUCUCAAGGCUAUGAAGCUCACAGAUUCUUUCAUGGAACUUUAUCGCAAUAACAAUUUCACUGGAGAGAAGUUGAGGGAGAAAAAUCUUUCAUGGGUCGAUAUCUUUGAAGAAAUUCCUAUUAAAGUUUCAAAUUCUGCCCUUAUUAGUGCCUUCAUGACAGAACUUGAAGCUGACACUCCUGUGACCCAGUGUGACUAUGACCGUCUGCAAUUAUCAACCAAACCACAGAUGGAAAGAAAUGUUGAGUUUCUGAUUGAUUGCAUGGACGACCUGUCAAUGGAGCAGCAAAAGUUCCAAUUCUACUACCGAAACCUUUCACGUCAGCAAGCUCAACAGCAGGCAUGGCUUCAAAAGAGAAGGGCCGAGAACAACGCACGUAAGGCUGCAGGAGAUGAGCCAUUGCCCGAGGAGGAUCCUUCUAAUCCUAUCUUCAAACCAGUGCCUGAGCCAUCACGACUUGAGAGUUUUCUCGUAACCAAUCAAAUCUCUAACUACUGCAACCAAAUUAAUGGGGUUGCUGGCCAGAGCUUCAGCAGAUUAUAUUUGAUGAAGGCUUUGCAAGAAAGUUGAAUUGAAGCCUGAGAACUGCAGAGGUUGAUGUUUCUAUACUGCAAUUUUGUGUUAGUUGAAAUUUUUGUUUAGCCUAAUAGAAUCUUUUCCAGGCUGUUCUUGUGUUAAGACAGAAUACUUUGUAAACCUUCUUUUGCACUGUUCCGUGCUCUAAUUAUAGGCGAGACUUGUAAUAUCUCUAUUUGGUCAAUUUGUGGAAUUCUACAAGAGAUUUUAGGCCUCACGAUGUUUUAUUAAUUUGUACAAUCAAUGCACAUUACAUUUCAUACUCCA